AAAUAAUGACAGACGCGCACACCGAGCUGCUCAAGUGUGCGCUGCAGCUGGCGAAAUGCAGUGAUAAGGUACGUCCUUGCUUCAGUUUAGGCCCACUCUUCCGCUAGCCAAUUGAACGUGGUGUCUGGUGUUAUAACCCACAGCUCCGCGCGACGGACGCGAUGCUUGGCAAGUGUGUGAGUCGUAUGCAGACCGCCCUACCAGCAUCUGGAAUGCCGCGUCUGAUGUCCAAGCUGGCCGUGGUGCCGGCUAACCCAGCGAAAGAGGCACAAACACUGGAGGAAAAGUUCCAGGAGGUCUUUGAUCAAGGAACGGAGGUCACAGAGCGACUGGAGAUCACCAAAUCGAGGCUGGAGAAGGAGCUACGGCGGCGCUCGGAGAACUUUCGGGACCUGGUUAAAAGCCGAAACACCGACAUCCAGCAGGAAUAUGCACGAAUGCUCAAAGAACUGGACGACCAGGUGGAGUCGUUAGACCAGGAGAUUGCCCAGGAGAGGGACAUUAAAGCUGAACGAGCUAAGCGACGACGUGAGGAGGCUCUGGAGAGGAAAGCGAGCAAGAAACAGCACUACGAUGCAGAAACUACGCAGCUGAAGGAGCAACUGGAGGAUUUCACGUCCGAGAUCAGACAAUUGCAGGAAGUGUUUGCACGCUUGGAAAAGGAGGUCGAGAGCCAAGAAAGCGAAAACAGUCCCGAUGAUGUUCAGAGUAUAGAGGAGCGACGUCGCCUAGAGGAGGAACGUGCUCAAAACGAAAUUGUGGAACUACAACAGGAGAUCGUGCUGCUGAAGGAGGCCCAGGAGGCGAUCGCGGAGAAGAUUGACAAACAAUCUCUUAAGACCCAGUAUGAGGACGAGAAGCAGGAAGUUCGGGAAGAAACGGCGCAUCUGAAAAGUCUGGUGGAAGACCUUACACCUCAAAUCAAUUCCAACGGUGUUCGACUGCACUCGUUGCUGCGUACACUUGCGCCAUCUCCAGGCAUCGGAACGCUCAUGACACGCCUGUAUCAACAAUUAUGCGGUGAUUCUCGUUCGCCAUCGUCACCUGAUUCGCCUCCCACACCACGCAAAACAGUCGACCUAAAGGCAUUUCUCAACAGCUGUCCGAGCUUCGAGGAAGGCAACCGAGCAAUCGACGAGCUUAAGAAGUUGCAGCUCAUUCAUUGCUACGAGUCCAGCGGAAUUAUUGCGCUGGCAGAUUAGUGAAUUUUGACACAUAAACACUUUUUUUCAUUAUUCUCAAGACCAA